AGUGUAUAUCAUGCGGACAUUCGCGGUGCUUGGUGUGGCUGCCUACUGUCUACUGCUUGAAAGCGUAUCAUCACAAUCCGUAUCUAACUCCACCCAACCUCCCAAUGCCUCAUGCGACAAACGCCUGACGGGUGACAAUGGGACGUUCACCAGCCCAAACUACCCAAACAACUACCCUAACGACAAGGACUGCCGGUACGAGAUCUCUGUCACUCCGCCCAAAGUCGUCAGGCUGACCUUCACGGAUUUCAACAUUGAGGACCCGUAUGACGUCCUUUUGGUGUAUGAUGGAAACACAACUGAUGACACGUGGGAGAUAGAAAGGCUUAAUGGAGCAAACAUCCCCAGUCCAAUAACGUCAUCUGAGAGCAUCAUGACUGUUCUAUUUCAUGCCGACAAUAGAGGAAACCGGAAAGGAUUUCAGGCCAACUACACAGCCGUAGAUAAAGUGUUAUCUACCUGUGAGGUCGGCCAGUAUCUAUGUGAUGACGGUGUGACCUGCAUACAAGCUUGGAAACGGUGUGACGGAAACUACGACUGCAGAGACGGUAGUGAUGAGGAUACAAGCAAAUGUGCUUGUCAAAAUAUCCCAAAGUCUUUGAGGAUGUGCAGGGGUCUUGAGUACAGGAAGAUGACACUUCCCAACCCUCUCAACUCCUCCCACACAACGGUGGAUGACAUCAUAAAAUCAAACCAGUUCAGUGCCUACAGGGAUCUGGUGGAUUCUGGGUGUCACCCCAGUAUUAAAGAUUACGUCUGUGCCAUCAUUGUGCCGCGCUGCAAUUCUAGUCCGAAACCCCGGCAACAGCUGCCCUGUCGGUCUUGGUGCGAAGAGGUGAAGUACACGUGUAGACAUGAGCCAACCUCGUCAAUUUUCCCACCCUGCGAGAUUUUCCACUACAACAACUGCAACAACGUCAGGCCUUCAAGAACCCGGGCGGGUGUGGACUGCUUCGAUGGAACCGGUGCAAACUACAGAGGGAACGAGGCCAGAGGUCCUAUCGGUGAAGUUGACUGCAGCCGAUGGGACGCGGAUACCUACCCAAAAACGUACCCAUGGGCGAAUCUUGUCGAUAACAAAUGUCGCAACCCUAGGCCCGAAAGAGACCUCAGGCCAUGGUGCUUUACAUCCAGUGGAUUUGAGUACUGUGACAUACUUCCCUGCAACAUUUCAAUUAAAGGAUGCGAAGAUCCGGGCAAACCCUUAUACGGACAAAGGAGUCCUGUACUGAAGUUCUACUGGCCUAAUGAUAAAAUCACGUACACCUGUAACACGGGAUUCAAGUUCCCGAAGGGGAGUCCCCCCAACACAGCACGGUGUGUUCAAGUCAACGAAUCAACGGGAGAAGUCAACUGGGCAACAAAGAAACCUAAUUGUCAAGUCGACCACAAAUACAAGCUCCAAGAGGAUCUUCUUAGCGAGACUGUCUACAACAAGGAGGUUGCUCCUACAACUAGUCUAUAUUUUAAAGCGUAUGUUAAGAACGUCAUCAACUUGGACGAAAAAGCGGAACAAAUAGUAACAUCCUACAAAGCUGAAUGGUCCUGGAUGGACGACCGAUUGGCAUGGAAUCCUGAGAGGUACGGCAAAUUUGACCACAUGUUUGUUCGUGCUGAACGGGUCUGGCUACCAACCUUAACGCUGGAAACAAAUGCUGACACGAGGUACAGCGGCACAUUCCCUUUCACAGAGGUAAGAAUAGAUAACGACGGUGAAGUCAACUGGCCUAUAGCAGCAUUGGCCACCACAACCUGUACCCUGGACCCUUUCCUCUUCCCUCAGGACAACAUGACAUGCGCAAUUUGCUUCACUGUUGGGGAAGACUACACAAUUGGUUGUAGUAAUGAAACUACGCACCAUGACAUUGUCAACAAGGUCAAAGAUGACAACUUCCUGACCUGUCGAGAUCCCCAGGCCGACAUUGUCACGGGAGAGUGGAGUGGCAAAACAACCGCUUCUUCUAAAAUCAACAAGGCCUGCCUGACGAUAACACUCAAGCGAGAUCCCACCUAUCACUACUCCACAACCGUCUCUCCCUGUCUCAUCCUGAUCGUCCUCAUGAUCAUCACCUUCAUCAUGCCCAUUGAUAAAGGCGACAGGAUUGGAUUCGGCGUCACCGUGCUGCUGUCCAUGGUGGUGUCGCUAGUUGUCGUUACUGGCUUCCUGCCUGUGUCAAGUACCCUGCCAUUCAUCGCGAUGCUGAUCAUUGUGUGCAUGGGUCUGAUGGCACUCUUCAUGCUGUGGACUGUCUUUAUCCUCAUCAUACACGACAAGAAGGGACCCCUUCCGAAAUGGGCACGGACUUUCUUCCUGAAGCAUAUGGCAAGGGCCGUGUUCUUGGGUGACUUGACCAAGAAGCUGAAAAAUGAAGAGCCAACAGAAGACGCCACCAAGAACAAAGUUACUGACAUCGAAGGGCACUCCAACCACGCCUUCAUGACCAAUGGCCAUGGCCCAACCGCCGGACGAGGCAACCCACCCCUCAACGUGAAGAACGAGGUCGGAGCUACCCUGAUUGGGUUAAAGGGAAGCGUAGAUAGGUUGUCCGAUAGCAUCGAUGCUCUUGCAAAGGCAAGUGGCGGUGAUGACGAUGAAGAAAAUUCAGAGUACGCUUUGUUGGCUCAUGUCCUUGACCGUUUGGGCUUGGUUUUCUACAUUGUUGCUGUCGCCGUGGCUAUUCCGUGUACUCUGUUCAUUAAUCGCCAACGUGUUAUUCCUACCUAUUAGGAAAAAGACUCACAACAGAUGAUUACAAAUGCAAAUUAUGUCUCUACGCAAUUUUUUUCGCCUGAUUCGACGAUAUUUGAUUGAAAUUUAUAAUCUGAAAUCAAAGCAACAGGAACACAAAACAAUGCGAAAAAACACUGUUGACUUACAGUAUUACUGUAUAUUAGAAAUUAAAUAUUAAAAGGUGAAAACAAGGACAUUAUACACAGUGUAUGCAUGUGUAUAAUGCGCAUGCAUACAUUGCAUGCACAUUAUGCACAUUAUGUGAUACUGUACAUGUGAUUUGUGAAUCA